UUAUUCAUGUGAUAUGAUUUGUAAUGGAGUAUAGACUAAUAUAAACAGUUUUUGUUAAACCAAUAUUUACAUUGUGAUGGCCUUAAACAAAUUCUUUAAGAGGCCUAUAAUACAGAUGAUUUAGAUUGUAUUGACAAAGGGUUCCCUGUUUGAUCUGGAAUAAAUAUUGUGAAUCUAUACAUCAAUGUAACGAGAAAAUAAUCUGGUUAUAUGGACCAAUGCAGAUAUUGUAUAUCAAGUUGUAUAGAAGGAAUAGCCGCGGGCACAUGUCGCCAGAAUGAUAAACUGGUGACAUGACGAGAGAAGGUGUACACCAUAAUAUUAACACUGGACAAUUUUCUGGUUAAAAUGGAUAUUAAAAUGUGUAUUCAAGAGAAGAAAAUUCAAUGAUCAAAGUUAUAGAUGAAGGUAUACAGCGUUAACUGUCAAUUUGUGUUCAACAGGUGUUAAGCCGAUGUUUUAUUCUGUUGCUUAGCAAUAUUCUUCUAUCAAUCAAAUCGCUCAAUUUCCAUACAGCCUAUAGAAUUAAUAGAACCAGUUGACGUAAAUACAAUACCACUGCGAUGCCGUUACCAAAUCAUAACAGUGAAAGUAAUAAGUCUAACACAUCAGUAUUGAACAAAACUGGCACAGGUAAAACACCUGCAUCAAACAGGGCACCAGGUGUCUAUCAUAUUGCCCAUGUGGCUCCAUCGGGCAACAGGAUGGGGAAUGGAGCAAGUUCUACUCAUAUUGUUAUAGACGGUGAACAAAUAGAUGUGGUAAAAUUAAAACAUUUAGUUCCAGAAUUGAGGAAGGAAAUUAGGAAUAGAGAUUCAAAAAUACAACGAUAUGAAGGAGAACUUGUGGAAAAGUGCAAACAGUUGGAAGAAAAAGAUGUUGAAAUAUGUAAAUUACGUGCUGAAGUUGACAAAUUACAAUCGGUCUUACAAAUCAAAGUUCACAAAGAUGCAGGAAAGCCGGAUAUUUUGGCAACUAUACAGGAAGAUGCAACGAUGGCAGGCCAGGAGACACGUACCAAAAAACAGGGAGUGUCUGGUGAAAGUUCGAACGCUAAUCAAAAUAGUGAAAUAUUAGAACUUAAACACCAUGAGAAGGAUUUCAGAUCUAAGCAACUUAUUAAGGAUGCAAUUCACGACAACGACUUCUUGAAGAACCUUGAUUCGACACAAGUACGAGAGAUAGUUGAUUGUAUGUACGAGAAAAAGAUUAAACAGGGUCACUAUAUAAUCAGGGAAGGAGAUGCUGGACAACACUUAUAUGUAUCAGCAGAUGGUGAGCUGGAGGUGCUUAAAAGUAAUAAAGUUCUUGGUAAAAUGACUGCAGGUCGGGCAUUUGGAGAAUUGGCAAUACUUUAUAACUGUACAAGAACAGCGUCAGUUAGAGCUCUGACUGAUGUCAAAGUAUGGGUUCUAGAUCGACGUGUUUUUCAAGCUAUUAUGAUGAAAACUGGUUUACAACGACAAGAAGAAAAUAUCAAAUUUUUACGAAGUGUUCCAUUACUACAAAAUCUUCCAACUGAUAAAUUGGCCAAGAUUGCUGAUGUCCUUGAAGUGGACUUCUAUCAUGAAGGAGAUUUCAUUAUCAGAGAAGGCGCUGUCGGAGAUACAUUCUUCAUUAUUAAUAAAGGAGAGGUUCAGGUAACGCAGAAGAUAGCUGGAUUUGACGAUCCAAAGGAAAUAAGAAGACUAGACCGAGGUCAAUAUUUUGGAGAAAAAGCUUUGCUCAGUGAAGACAGAAGAACGGCAAAUGUUAUAGCAUUAGCGCCUGGUGUAGAAUGCUUAACCGUUGACAGAGAAUCAUUUAAUUCGCUGAUAGGAGACUUAAACGAGUUGAAAGAAAAAGAUUAUGGAGAUGAAGCAAGAGGUGCACAACGGUCAUCGAAGAAAACAAACUCCAAUGGGAAAUCACGAGUAUUGCUUUGGAAUCGUCUACGGUUACACAAGAUUAGUGGUGGCAGUGGUUCAGAUGUUACUUUAUCGCCGGUCCGUGAUAAGAUGCAGAAUGAAUUUUCAUACAUAACGCUUGAUCAAUUAGAAAUUGUUGCUACAUUAGGAAUGGGCGGAUUUGGUCGAGUUGAAUUGGUACAAUUAACAGCCGAUCGGUCAAACACUUUUGCAUUAAAAUGUUUGAAAAAGAAACAUAUUGUGGAUACCCGACAACAAGAACAUAUAUAUUCAGAGAAAAAAAUUAUGUCUGAAGCACGCUCACUCUUUAUAGCAAGAUUAUAUAAAACUUUUAAAGAUGUUAAAUAUGUAUAUAUGCUGAUGGAAGUGUGCCUUGGUGGAGAAUUAUGGACAAUACUCAGAGACAGAGGUUGUUUUGAUGAGAUUACUGCUAGAUUUUGUAUUUCAUGCGUAAUAGAAGCCUUUAGAUAUUUACAUGACAGAGGAAUAAUUUAUAGAGAUCUGAAACCAGAAAACUUAUUGUUAGACAACCAUGGAUAUGUCAAAUUGGUAGAUUUUGGGUUUGCCAAAAAGAUUGGUCAAGGUCGGAAAACAUGGACUUUCUGUGGUACGCCAGAAUACGUUGCCCCAGAAAUUAUUUUAAACAGGGGGCAUGAUCGGGCUGCUGAUUACUGGUCAUUGGGUAUUCUUAUGUUUGAGCUGCUCACUGGAAGUCCUCCGUUUGCUGGGUCAGAUCCAAUGAAAACAUACAACAUAAUCCUGAAAGGAAUUGACGUUGUAGAAUUUCCCAGAAGAGUUGGUAAAACAGCUACAAUGUUGAUAAAGAAGCUUUGUCGAGAUAGUCCAGUUGAGCGAUUAGGAUACGGAAAAGGCAACAUUAAUGAGAUUAAAAAGCACAAAUGGUUUCAAGGCUUUGAUUGGGAAGGUCUACAAACUCGGUCUAUGGUUCCUCCAAUUGUACCAAAGAUAAAAGGGGCAGCAGAUUUUAGCAAUUUUGACAACUAUCCCAAGAAUUCAGAGGUCCCACCAGACGAAACAUCAGGAUGGGAUAUAAACUUUUGAAAAUCGUUAAUAUUAUUAACAGUCAGCAAUCCUAGAUGCCAAAUUUGUUGUUGAAUAUGAAGCUCAAGGACAUGUUUAUAUAUCAGGUCUUCUACAAGGACGAAUUGUGAGAAGGCAGAGAAAAAGACAGCGACAUUUUUAAUGCCAGUACUUGCAUAUGCAUUAUUUGUGAUAUUAUUUCCAUUUAUAUGUAUACAUAAAUUUGAAGGACCAAUAUGACAUGGGAUAUAUUUUGUUGUGGAUUAAUGCAUAGUGACAUUUAAAGGUAUUAUACAUGUACAAAAUAUAACAUGGUCCUUACGUAAAGUUCGAGACUAGACAUUAUCAACUGGACCUUGCAUACCUCAGAUUUUGUUUCAUUUUUUAUCAUGUCUUGAUUUUGUUUAUUUUAGGAAGCAUGAAUUUUGUGCGAUAGUGUAUUUUUUCUGAGAAAUAUUGUGCAGAAUCGAUAACAUAUGCAUUGUUAUUCUAAACAAAAUUGAUCAGAAAUUUAUAUGCAACUACAAUUAGGUAAUCUUUUUUUUUUAAUAUGAUUGCAAAGAAUGCCAAAGUGCAACUUUUGUUACAUUAACAUUCAUCAUCAUCUGGUAAAUAAUAGCACUUUAUUAUCUGUCCAGUUUCUGAUCAUUCCUGUUGUAUACUUCUUUGGUUGGCUGAUGAUUGAUUGUAAGUGUAUAACACAACUUUCAGCACACUUAAGUUUUUGUUUGAAGAGAAAGCCUGAGUGCCAACAGAGAAUCACUGAACUUUGGCAACAAAAGUAGCAACCAUAGGCAAUAAUUAUCGUUGUUGAACUUGCUUGCCAUGAACGGGGUUCGAACUUAUCCAUCUGUGAUGCUUGCUGGACUCACUGAAACAUACUAAUCUUUGGAAAUAUCCAUACACUUAUUAAUGAUAAAUUGUUAUCGCGAGUUCGUAUGUUGUUUUUAUUUUGCUUUGAACGUGUUGAUCAGUUCGUUGUUAAGAACAUUAUUUAUCAGAAAACCUGAUCAUCAAUUAAUUGGAGUUAGUUUAUACGGUUUUCAUUGUCGAAUCACCAGAUUUAUAUGACCGUCAAACAAUUAAAAACAAUUUAAACUUAGCAAUGUCAGUUCAAACAUAAAUGACCGGUUACAGUUAUGGAGGCCAGUUAAAUUCAUUCUCAUUGUAUUGCCAUUAUAAGUAAAUUGAUCGGUAGCUGAGUAGGAUGAUACAUUGAAUGGAAGCUAGGAAGAAAGAUAGGUCAUUUCAGAACUUUAUCUUGUAAUAUGGCUUUGUAUUAUUAUGGCAUUUUCAUUUUCAAAACAGUUUAUUUUAAUAAUGAAAAAGGUUAUACAGACAAUUAUUUUCCUUUCAAAUGAACGAUCGUCAUUGUAAAUGUUAUGAUGUUCAUCCAAAUUUUAAAGAUCUUUAAAAAUUGGUUAUGAUAAUAGCCCUUUUCUUACAUAUAUGAAGCAGUUAUAUAUUUUCCAUUGAUAAUUUGGUUCAUUUCCUGCAAAUCGGAAAUUAUAUAUAUACAUUCACGCAAGGACUAUCUUCUCACGAUUUUACGGAGCGACAUAAAAUGUUCAAAAUUGUGUUCCGUCGUGUCAAAAAAGAAUACUACUAGAGAAUUGUUUACACUUUACACGUAAGGUUUCAAUAAAGCCGUUUUACACAGCAUUUUUAAAGAUUUUACAUAAAAAAAAAUAAUAUUUUUUCACGUCAGGUAGAUUUGUUUGCUUCAUGUGUUCUGUAGUAAGAAUAUAUGCAAGUACACUUUUCCACAUAAUUCAAUAAAAAUAAAAAUCUUUUACAAACCAAUUAAUUUGAUAUCUCAUGAAGUCCUUUCAAACUCGACAACUUGUUAAUAAAUUGUUUACAACAAGAAAGAUAUAGGUUAUAUAUAAGGAUUUUCAUUAUUUUAUGAAUUAAACAUAAAUGAUUCCCAUAGUGGAAAAUGUGAAAGUCCGUAUUAGUAGAAUUUAAUUUUAUAAGAUAAACUUGCCCAAAGGUAUCCUGUUAGCUAUGACUUGGCGUCUGUUGUCUUCAAAAUAUAUCAUUUUCACUGAAACAAUCUCCCUGGAGUAUCUCUUGUCAAAUUAGAUCUUUCAUCUGAACGACUGAAUAUUGUUUAUUUUAUUCAUUUGUAGACUGUUUAUUUAUAAUAAUUUCUGGUGUAAUUAAUUUAUUAUUUUCGUAAUUAGAGCGAUGUUUCAAAAUGUAGUCAUUCUCUCAUAUACAAUAAGCUGCAUCGUUUUGUUUUAAUUUGAUAUUUAAAAUGAACUGGUGCUAUUUAAUUGUAAAAAUUAAUUCAAAUUGUUCAUUGAAAUACUGUAUUGGUGCUGUAUCGAGCUAUAUAUACCAAAGUUUCUUUGGGGUCUUCCGCGGUAGAAUAUGUACAAAUAUACGAACAAUUAAAGGCAUUAUAUGGAAAAUGAAAACAUAAACAUUGUUGUUAACUGCCUGCUUUCUGUAAGCAGUUAUGACAUUCAUUUGCAUUAUUGAGAUUAUGUCAAAAUGUUUGUUGAAUAUGUAUAUUUGGUCUUCAUUUUCCUCAACUUUCAGCAAAAUGUCUUUUUUAAUGUAAUUUAGAUACUACGUUCAGGUAAAAAUCUGGUUUGUUUUACCUUGCCAUUUAAACAUAUUUGUAAUUAUGUAUUAGUAAGAAAAGCGUCAAUGUUUUAUAUGUUAAAAUGCAUUUUUGUUAUAAAGCAUUGUGAUGAAAUAUGUUGUGUUUUAAUACUGGUUAUCCAAUGCAAAUUGUUCAAAGAAAUAAAUAUGUUUGGGAUCUUA